AUGGCCCUAAUCGCGAAUCCUGAAUCACGUUACUUCUUAGGGGUGUCAAUUCGGGUUAAUAGAUCAGAUUGUCAAUUUUUGACACGCUAUCCAUUCUCCUCGUUCGGAAAAGCUAGGUUUCUAUUUCGGAUACACGUGACGUCGCCACUCCGCCCGUCUCGACUUCACUCCUCUUUCUACUGUGAACGAGUUCGGCGGACUACGCCGCUGAGACGCAGCAGCAUUUGGAGUCGGAUCUCCGCAUUUUCAAAGGCACCUGCAAGGGUUCACUGUGGGAGCCUCGAGGUCGACAGAGAGCUGCAUCCAUCAAAGCUGCGGCGACACCGCGAGCAUUCAGAAAUCAACAACGACGACAAGGAGAGUUAUUUACUGAUGGGAGAUACCAAUAAAAGGGUGGACAUUGAGAAACUUUUUUCACUUGCAAAUGAUCUUAUUGGUAUGCUCAAUGAUGGGAAGGAUGGUGACAGCCUGAUGCAGUCUUUGGAAAGUGCGAAGUCUCUCCGAUCCUUUUGUGAGACCAAUGUCCAUGAGACCAAUAUGUCAUUGGAAGAUUUUCAAAAGAGGAUAAAUGGAUGCAAAGAAAGGAUAGACAAAGUAAAAGGUGAAGUAAUGGCUGAUUCAAAAUUAAAUGAGCUUCAAACCGAACUAGAGGAAAAAAUGCACAUAGAACACUUGCUUCGUCAAGGGAUUAGAGUAGUUGGUGACGAACUUGAUUAUCUAGAGCAGCAAAGAAUUUCCUUCGAAGAACGAUGGCAACUAGUCAAGCAAAGAGAGAAUAAUAUGCGAAAGUCACUGAAUGCACUCUCUAUGUGCGCUUCUGUAACAAAGAUUAUCCCUGAUCUUACAAACAAAACGAAGAUUUCUGGAUCUAUUGUGGACAGGAGCAAGAAAAAGGUCGAGAGGUUUGAGUUUGACCCAGCGAUGCCCCCAUUUGAGGUUUGUGAUAAGCUGUGGAAGAUGUCUUCAUAGGAGAGUUUUAAUCUCGUGGCCGACACUGUAGACUCUACGAGAUAUGGUUUCAGUGUUAAAAUUCUGGUUGGGUUGAUGAUUUGACUGAAGCAUUAGGACCAUUCAAUUUAGAAAGAAAUUGAAUGCCCAUAUUGUUAUUGAUUUUCUUUUUUGUUUUUAUUAUGCUAAUUAGUUUCAAUGAAGGUUAUUAUCACUUGCAAUC